AUGCCUGGCAGCAAAGACCCCUCAGCAUUCCCUGAGCCAAGGGGUUCAUCAAGGAUGCUUGACCGUAUGAGGCCUGUCUCCCCACUGGAGUUCAGUUUUGUCCCAGAAGAGAUCUUCCGAGCACUGACUUCUGCUGCUGCUUCUCUUCCCAGCCCGGAGCACCUGCAAGCGGCCAAAAACACAGUGGGCCUCAAGGGCUGUCUGCAGACCCCCGAUGGGCUCUGGCAUUACCCGAAUCGCCGUGGCAAGUUCAGGCACCUUACGGACCACCCUGUCAGCCUGACAGGAGCUGGAAGGGAUGUCUCCUACCUGUGCGAUGUUGUGGCUGGCCAAGAAGACACAAAGCCAGGGGCUCCCGGGAGCUCCCUUCCUGAGAGCGAUCGGGAGCAAAGGAGGAGAAGUGGGGCUGCUUCAGGACUUGCUCAAGCAAGCCUACAAGAGUCUCUGGUUCCGGAGGAGUUUCACAUUGUGAAGAACAGGGGAGUUUUGCCCUUGAAGUAUUUUGAUGAUAAAUACACCACUCUCCUCGAGGACCGUGAAGAGAAACUACGACUAUUCCCUUCCCUGAAACCUUCCGGGAGGCUAGAGGUUGUCCAGCUGAUGGAAGCCAUGGACAGCAUGUUGGAAAAAGCUGGAGUGGACAACAAGCUAAUUGGAAUAUCAGGACCUUCACAGCUGCACAACAUGCUGGAGCUGAUGAGGGCAGAGCAGAACAUUUACAACAUCGUUUUCCACGAGCUGAUUCGACAGGUCAGCGUGGACUGCGUCGAGAGAGGACAGCUGCUCUCCAAGCUCAGGCAGAAAUAUGUGAGUCUGCUGGAGCGAAUUCCUCAUCAGAUGAAGACCUUCUACAGAGAAAUGAUGGCCCAGCGCUUGCUUGACAGACAUAUUAUAGAGGAGUUGUUCUAUUUCAAGGAGUCUAUUGCACAGCUGACCAGGGAGCUCUAUGAGCUGCGAGAACACGACUGGAGAGUGACCAGAGAAGCAGAACAAGCUCAACAGGAGCUCGCUGAAGCUGUGCGGGAGGCUGAGAUGAAUGCAAACCUUGUGGAAGAGUAUCGGGAGCUGUAUGAGUUACAGAGAACCAGGCUGGAAGAGCAGAUUCUCCUGCUAAGCCAAGAAAGAGAUAUUUGGAGCUCAGCUGCCUAUGACCUGGCAUUGAAGGUGAUAGAUAGAAACCGGCUCAUACUGGCUCGCAAGCUCUAUGUUAGUGAAAAAAUGCUGUUCAAAGUUCUCAAGCAUUUCAUAGUCCUCUUGGCAUCACAGGACACAAAAGACGUCGCUGAUCUGCAGGAGGAGACGGAGCACUUCAGGUUAAUGCUGGGCUGCAUCGGAGCAGAAAUAGACUCCUGUGAGGAAUGCAUCAAGGAAAAACUGCACAUCAUCCGCCAAGGGCUUGCCAGGUGGCUUCAGUACUUCCAGGAAGAUAUUCUUUCCUCUCCAAUGAAGGCAGAGCUAUUUGAUGAAAUGCUACAAGAUAUCAAGAACUUGGAAAAUCUGUUAAAUGAAAGCCUGCAGGAGUAUGAAGGCGAGGUGUACCUAACCAAAAUGGAAAGUCUGCAGAACAUUUCCAGUCUGCAGGAACGCUGGACAGAGCGAGGGCACAAGGUGCUGAAUCGGCACCGGGACAUCAAUGGAGUGUUGCCUCCAGAGCAUGCUGCCAUGGAAGAAAUAAACCACAGGGCACACGCACUCUGCCAGCAAUAUCAGAUACGGAUAAGCGGGGAUAAUGGCACAACUAAAUUUUUGGCAGGCCUGGUGAGAAGUGUGGAGGAUUGGCUGGACGGGGUGCAGAAGCUGAAGCGAGGCCGUGAGGUGCACGAAUCUGAGCUCCAGGCCUUUCGUCACCUGCUUCCCGCGUGGCUGGCCCAGGUGGACAUGGUCAUGAGCUUCAUGGGCUCCAUCCAGGUGCAUGAAGAGGAGCACGACAAGAAACCACAUCUCCUGGUGGUCCCCGGAGAAAUGUUUAAGAUGAUUCAGCAAUGGAUUCUGUCCAUGAAUAAUGAGAUUGAGAAGAACAUCACAUAUCUUAACCGAGAAGUGACUGAGCUGCACAGGAACCUGACGCUGUGGCUGGCACAUUUGCUGAGGUACAUGGUCCCAGACCGCCUGUGCCGUGAGUGUCCCCCACGGAAGGAUGCCGACAAGGAAAAGGAGCUCCGGUUUCUGAGCGCUUGUAAGCUAGAAGAAGAAGCGGAAGGGCUGGUCGCCAAGAUCAGCGGACUCUCUAGUUAUAUAAUCAGCUGCUGCCAGGAAAUUGUCAGCACCAUCCUUCGGAAGAAGCAGUCAGAGGAUUCAGAAGAUGAUUUGGAGCUGCAGGAGCUGAAUAAGAUCAAGAUUGAAUGCUGUAAUUGGAUUCAAGCAUGUAAUCUCAUCCUUUCAGAGAUCAAAGGCACUCCAGUCUCCUUUAUGAGUUUAGAAGAAAUGCAAAAACUCUUCGGGUCAGAGGUGUUGCAACUGAAGGUUAAGGAAAUUGUCAUUUCUCCACCUCAGGAAGGGCUUGAAUCUGAGGACAUCAGCACUGAUGAGAAACCCAUAAUGGAGGAAGAAAUAUUAGAAGUAAGGAGAAAAUUGAUUCUCUCUCAGCAGCAGUCAGGGCUUAGCCCUGAUUUCCUUACUGAAGGCGAUGAAACAACUGAGGACAUGAUCAGAUGCGUAGGACAUGACUCGAACAUCCACCUGAAGUCCCUGAAGUCAGACAUCGUUUCAGUCACGGGGGGGGAGAUGACUGCCAGCAAGUCGACGACCUGCUUUGCUCAGAAAGAGUUUGAAACCCUGGCGAUGGUGGAACUUCUGCAAGCACGACUUCUAGAAACAGAAAUCCGCGCUCAGAAAGCAGAGGAGAAAUCAGAAGGCCUUGAGGAGAAGCUGGAAGAAGCUCUGGAGAGAAUCCAGGAGUUGGAGAAAAAGCAGGGGGAUAAGCCCAAAUCUGUCCCAGAAGUCACACCUAAACAAGAAGAAGGUCAGGAGAAUCAAUGUGCCAGUGUGGCCUGA